GUUUCCCUUCCUUUUCACUGUGAGUUGGCUGACACGGCAAGUCCGCUGGGGAGAAAAGUUGGAGUACACCGCUCAUAAACUGUGACUAUGGCACCAAGCGCACAGCUGACCGAGGCCGUCUCCGAUGUGCGGAAGGGAAUCCGCGCGAUUCUUCUCGGGCCACCCGGCGCCGGGAAGGGUACACAGGCUCCGCGGCUUGCAGAGAAAUACUGUGUCUGUCAUCUGGCCACAGGUGACAUGCUUAGGGCCAUGGUGGCAUCUGGCUCAGAGCUUGGCCAGAGACUCAAACAGACCAUGGAUGCCGGCAAACUGGUCAGUGAUGAGAUGGUGGUGGAGCUGAUAGAAAAGAACCUGGACACGCCUCAGUGUAAGAACGGAUUCUUACUGGAUGGUUUUCCACGCACAGUCAAGCAAGCAGAAAUGCUGGAUGAUCUGCUUGAGAAACGCGCAGAGAAGCUGGACUCUGUGAUUGAGUUUUCUGUGGAGGACUCCCUGUUGGUGCGUAGGAUCUGUGGAAGGCUGAUUCACCAACCAAGUGGCCGCUCUUACCAUGAAGAGUUCAACCCCCCCAAGAAUCCCAUGAAAGAUGAUGUGACCGGCGAACCCUUGAUCCGCCGUAGUGAUGACAACGAGACGACUUUACGCUCGCGUCUGGAGGCCUACCAUCGUCAGACAUCCCCGCUGGUGCAGUACUACGGUGCCCGGGGGAUCCACAGAGCCAUCGACGCCUCCCAGUCACCUGACGUUGUCUUUGCCUCCAUCCUCGCUGCUUUCUCUGCCGCUACCAGUAAAGACCUGGUGUUCUUCAUCUAGCUCCUCCCUUUUUUUUCCCAUCUCAAUUUACUCUGUGUCUGCGAAUCUGUGCCUCCAGCUUGUUCUUUCCACACUCUGUUUUCUUGUCCUACACUGUUAAAGGGUCUCUCUCUCUUUCUCUCUCUCUCUCUCUCUCUCCUACCAGCUUUUCUGUGAGGAUGUUUGAUCAUCAUGGUUUUGCCUGGUAGCAUGGUUUUAAAUCUCUGACUACAUCUCCCAGCUCAGAAACAAACAAAAAUCCAAUCUCUCUAUUAUUUACCAUGUGUAUAAAUACUUAAUUUGGCUCUUAAACCAUUUGUGUUUGGUCUAAAGGUCUUUUCUGGAUGUAUAUAAACCUGAUACAGAAAUGUAGCCACACCUUGCCUUUCAAGGCUGGAACCUCAUCAAAGCUCAAGUAUCUAGUUUCCCGCCAGCUGGUAAUACUUGGAUCAGACGCAUUACUGCGUCGAGGGACUUUUCCAACAAUCACUCUUAGUGUAUGACAUCUAUUCCUGUGUCGUCAGUCCCCUCCCGCUUUCACCGUGUUCUUCUUUUCUUUCAGUUUCCCGAAUUGACUUAGGCCUAUAUUGUGAAACUGCAUGGACUGAUCUGACAUUGGGUUUUUUGUUUUUUUUUAAUAGUGUGUGUGUGUACCAGUCACUCUCUGUUUCUCUUGUCAUUUGGGAAGUGGGUGGGGGGAACUUUUGGCCUUAUGGGAAGUGAGAGCUGUGUCUAUGCUGUUAUGACCAAAUUAGAGAGAGAAAAUUGAAUUCCUUAUUUGAUGUUUUCCAAGAGUUAAAUGCUGUGUGGGUUUUUUUUUUCUUAAUUUUUAGAUGAGUAUAUUGGUGGCAUUUGACUGUAAAGGAGUUAGAUCAAUGUUUAAUAUGGCUCUUAAGACAAAGCUCAAAACAAGAUUUUGUAAAAUGUAAAAAAAAAAAAGUUUACAGCAUGUUAUUUGCACUACAUUGUAAUUUGCUAUGAAAUGCCAUUUGCACUAUUUGCCAUUUGUAUGCUGGUUGUGAAAGCUUGUAUGGUGGAUGAGUACUGGUUAACUGGUAGUGGUUAUUGUAAAACUACUUUGUCCACCAGAGGGCGCUGUGUACCAAAACUUUAUGCCACCUGCCUUUGCUUAGCUGCUUUGUUUCUUGACUGAAUGGUGGAAAAAAUACAAUAUUUUCUUGUGCAUUUUUGGAUGUGUUUUGGAUUCAGUUUUUCAUU